GGAUAGCAGGUUUAUCUCAUGGCUUCCUCCACCCUUUUCCAUCCAAUCCUCCCUUACCCAUUCAAACCCUCCCUAAAUCCACCACCUCACAAAUCUUCCUCCAUUAAAUGCACCACUUCAAACCCACCCCCCGAUUUCCCCUCUCCCGACUCCGACACCUCCACCACCACCAGCUCCGACACCUUCCCCAUCGAGAAACGCCGCCGAUCCGAGAUCCUCCGUCACCGGAAAUCCAAUUCCAGCCUCGUAAAACCCGAGCCUCCCAAUUUCGAAGUGGGAUGGAAGAGAACCGUCCCGAUACCGUUAGAGAAACCGGUAGGGUACGUGAUAAUGGACUUCUUAGAAAAGCUAGAGGAGCUGAUGGGGAAGGAGUACGGGUCGACAGAUUUGCUGGCGAAAGUGGCGGAGAUCGUGGCGGAGAGGUCGAGAGAAGUGGCGGAGGAGCUGAGAGAUGAAGGCAAAGUCGAAGAUCGAAUGGUGACAGAGCUUUGCAGAGUGUUGAAACUGUUGGAGAUGGAUCUGGCGAUGGUGAAAGCUGCUGUGAAAGAGGAGACUUUGAACGAGAGGCUUCAACAGGCCAAGGCCAGGUGCCGCCAAGCCAUUCUCGUAGCCAAUUCAUUUUGAUCGCAAACUCGUUAUCCCAUGGCCAUGGAUGGCUAAUUUUUAAAUAUGUUAUGUAUGGUCUAAAUGAGUCAACCUUUUAACGAGCUACUCGAUCUCGAGCACAAAAUAAAGCUUGCUUAACCUAA